AUGUUAAUCAAGGAGAAGCUUUACCUCGGUGAGGCGCCUCUUGCACUUUUGUUCGGUAUUAUUAUUGGUCCUGUCUCUGCAAAAAUUUUCAGUCCGAACAAGUGGGGCCACCAGCUGGCCAACACGCCGGGCAGUGAGAUCACAAAUGAAAUUACAUUGGAAGUGAUGCGCGUUACAAUUGCCCUGUCCGUGUUUUCUGUCGGCGUUGAAUUGCCCAAGAAGUACGUCUGGCGGCAUUGGAAAUCGAUUGCCAUGCUCCUUGGACCCGUCAUGGUCUGGGGCUGGCUCAUUUCUGCGCUCCUUAUCUGGGCGUUGGUUCCUGGUCUGGACUUUUUGAACUCCCUGAUGGUUGCGUCAUGUGUGUCGCCGACCGAUCCUAUUCUGGCUCAAGCUGUGGUGGGUGGUCCAUGGGCCGAGAAGCACGUCCCUGCACACAUCCGUCACCUGCUGCAGUGUGAGUCGGGGUGCAACGAUGGAGCUGCCUUCCCUUUCCUUUUCCUUGCAUACUAUCUGACGGUGAACCGCCCACAGGUCGCUUUCCCAGUUGGGAAGUGGUUCUAUCAAACGUGGGCGUGGGAGAUUUGUCUGGGCACGGCCAUUGGUGCAUUUAUGGGCUUCCUUGCACGCAAGAUGAUUCGUUUCAGUGAGCGCAGGAAGCUCGUGGAUCGUGAGAGUUUUGUUGCGCAAUAUUUGAGUCUUGCGAUCGCCAGUAUGGGCGUCAACGUACUGCUAGGCAGUGACGAUCUUCUCGCUGCAUUUGCCUGCGGUACCGCUUUUGCCUGGGAUGGCUGGUUCCAGAAACAGACGGAAGACUCCAACUUUUCCAGCAUUGUUGACUUGGUGUUCAACAUUGCAACGUUUAUCUACAUUGGUGCAAUCAUGCCUUGGCACGACUUUGUGGACGCUUCGAUCGACCUUUCCAUCUGGCGUCUGAUUGUGCUGAGUAUUCUGGUGCUGCUCCUGAAGCGUAUUCCCGUCGUCGUCCUUCUCUGGAAGUGGAUUCCUGACAUUAAGACUUUCCAAGAGGCCCUGUUCUCUGGCUACUUCGGCCCUAUGGGUGUUGGUGCGAUUUUCAUGUCGACGUACGGGCGUUUGCUGUUGAUUGAGCACGUUUCGCACCCGCCUCAGAACACCAAUGACGUGCUUGCCCUGACGAUUCAGCCGAUCGUCUUCUUCUUCGUGUUGACGUCGACCUUUGUACACGGUUUCACUGUUCCGUUCUUUGCAUUCGGAAAGCGUGCACACUCCAACCUGGCCCGUACGCUGAGUUAUGCUCCUACGCAACCCUUCUCGUCGGACGAGCCGGGUUGGCUGUCGGGUAUUCGUCGUACGAUGACCAAUGCCACGCAGCAGAACCAGGAAGGCCCUGUCGCAGGACAAACGUCGGUUGUGCAGGCAAUGCACGAAGGUCUUCGUCGGAUGCGCGACGACAGCGUUUCCUCUCGAGACUCGGCAGAGCGCCAGCAUCACGAACACGAGGAGGCUGAGGGUGGCCAUGUCCACUUUGGUGGUGCAUCUGAGUCUGUGGAAGAUGUCGAGCCUGAUGCGGAAGACGAGGAGCUUGGUCGCCAAGGUGAGGAUGAGGACUGGGGUGGUGGCGACACGCUCGAGAUGCGCAGGUACCGUGCCCGUAAGGCGGCUGAUCGUCGUGCCUCGCUCCAGCCUUCCGAUAAACCAACCGAGCAAGACAUUGCUGAUUUGGCUAUGCAGCGCGAGCACGGCGAGGAUUACGACGAGGAUGCCUACCCCCGUGUUCGCGAGUGGCUCGAAGGGCAUAAGAUUGUGCUUGAGUACCAGAAGGAGGCACUCUCGGAGUCCGAGACAGUGAUCAUCCCAUUGCCGAAGGAAGAGUACGAUGCACUGAUGGAAGAGGAGAGUCCUUUCCGCUCGUGGCUGUCGCGGAACGGCGAGAAGCUGGAAAAGUACCUGGACUGGGAACCUUCUGACAACUACAAGCUGAAAGACUACCAUACCGAGAACCUUUUCAAGAAAGGCAUCCCGAAGCAGCUCUCUUCGGUCAUGUCCAAGUGGCUGCAUGGCGACAAGGAAAUGCCGUGCGAAGAAAAGAGCAACGCAUACCCUUUGCUUCCUACGCAUGCCGAUCAAGAGAAGGGAGGUGCUGCCAAGGCACUUGGUUCUGAAUAUACUCAUUACCCGUACCAUUCCAGCACGGGUUCCUCGGCCCCGCUCCGGUCCGAUGCGCCUGGCUCGGUCGUGACAAUGGCGCCGCCAAACAUGUGGGGAACGACGGACAGCAUCCAAUCCGAUGGUGAGCCGGGAUAUGCGUCGCACUUCCCGUACUCGCAGCAGGCCCCGGCAUACCUUUCUGAGCCUGGCUCGCCCAAGACGGGCGCCCCCCAGGCAACGGAGCCGAGCAGCACCAAGCAAGAUACCGAGCCCGCCUCCGCGACACCUUCGGGCACCCCUCAGGUGUCGUUUGCAGGAUACAACCCCCCUGGUGUCAAACAGGACGAAGAUCAUGAGAGCGCGGAUAAUGCACAGUCGCACCCGUUAAGCGACGCCACAGAUGAGAAGCAUGACGACUAG